AGGUACGGUGAGAACAGGUGAAUUCAACGUCUUCACAUGCUGCGGAUGGGCCGAAUCUGCUCACUUUCUAGAUCGCUGUGACGUGCUCCACUGUUCGUUUGUGUCAACAUCAAUGUAGACAGAUGCCGAAAUUCUGUAGUUUGCUGUCCCUUCAUGGCACUGCGUAGACGAAUCGGUUUUCUUGCAAUUCCAUUCAGGCCUUUCGACGUGUGCUCCUGUGGCAUGGAUGCCCGCUUCUCAAGAUGAAGCAUUGUUCUCUCAGUGCUGUUCUUUGACACAUGGGAAACCAGCGUCCAGUGAAGGGCUGCAGUCACGACGGUUACAGCUAGUGGAAGUGUGGAGUGAGACUUUCUACUUGCAUCUGUUGCAAUGCCUGCAAGACUGUCUGCUAGGACAGAAAAAGGACACACCUGACUGUCUUUCAAAAAAUUGGUUGUAUCAGUGUGUAUUUAAGACAGGUUUUUACCCUCCCGCACAAGUUAGUAACGUGAUUACUGAUGGGGAUGGAAUAAAACCCCAAAUGAAGUGAUGGCAUACAUGUAGACGUGCCUCACGAAUGACAUGAGAUGUCAGAAUUUGUGCUUUUUUGUACCUGAUAUCCUCUGGAUCUCACUAUGAGGAGAACCAUGGGACGCAGUAAACUGCAGACUGUCAUUACUGUGCUGGUUACAGCCACGAUUACGUACUUUGUCAUCCAAACAAACUGUCCAGUGGACAGACAACACAAUACUGUCAUGAUGCCCAAAGAAGCAAAGCAUGCCGUUUACGACGAGCAACAACAUGAGUAUGUGUACGACAAAGAUAUGCCGCUGAUUUUCAUCGGUGGGAUGCCCCGGAGCGGCACCACCUUGAUGCGUGCCAUGCUGGAUGCUCACCCGGAUGUCCGAUGCGGGGAGGAAACCCGCCUCAUACCCCGACUGCUCAGCAUGCGUGCCCAGUGGAUGAAAUCCUCGAAGGAGCACGGCCGGCUAGUGGAGGCGGGGCUCACCGAUGACGUCAUCGAUGACGCGCUGUCUGCAUUCAUACUGGAGAUCAUCGCCAAGCACGGCGAGCCGGCGCGGCGGCUGUGUAACAAGGACCCCUUCGUCCUGAAGUCCAUGGUCUACCUCCACCGGGUGUUCCCUAACGGCAAGUACCUGCUCAUGCUGAGGGACGGCCGGGCCACCGUGCACUCCAUCAUCUCCCGCAAGGUCACCAUCACGGGCUUCAACAUCGAGAGCUACAAGGACUGCCUGACCAAGUGGAACCUUGCCGUUGAGAACAUGUACAAUCAGUGCAUGCAGCUGGGACCGGACGUCUGCCUGCCGGUGUUCUACGAGAAGCUGGUGCUGCAUCCUGAGGAGUGGAUGCGGAAAAUCCUGGCAUUCCUGGACAUUCCUUGGGAUGACAACGUGCUUCAUCAUGAGGAUACAGUGGGAAAACCAGGUGGCAUCUCACUCUCAAAGAAGGAGAAGUCUACUGAUCAAGUAGUCAAGCCAGUCAACCUGGAGGCUCUGACGAAAUGGGUUGGGCACAUUCCAAAGGAUGUGAUGGACAACAUCGAAAAAAUUGCGCCCAUGUUGGCCAAGCUGGGCUACGACCCGCGGGCCAACCCACCCAACUACGGCACGCCCGACCGGCGCGUCCUGGAGAACGAGGACAAGAUCAGGGAAAACCCCGACCGCUAUGCCCAGAAUGUCCGGCAGGUCAUGGAGCGGCCGGAUAAAUUGAAGGCUGCGCCACCCCUUGGAGAGGGGGAGAGGGGCAGGGGCGGAGCCAAACACCUGCCUCCCGACGAGGCUGUCAUGGAGGGCUACGCGGGCGAUGACCAGGGCAAACCAAAGGCCAACCCACAGAAUCCCUACGGGAGGAGACGGCCCAAAAAUCCAAAGUUUGCACGCCGUGCCGAGGCACCAUACCCCAACUAAAUAAGCCUUUUGCGAGUUAACUUUGACCCAAAUCUGGUACACUGAGUUCUUUAAAUUCACCUGAACAAAACAA